GGAAUCGUAGACUCCCUGUGCGUGUUUUGCAAGCUCCACUGUUCCAUAAGCUUUCUCGCCCCGUUACUCUAGGGUUUUGGCGACUCACAAGCGCAGCGGAGAGUGUGAGAGAGCUUCGUCUGCUUCUUCUAGCUCGUGGUUGUAGCGCUCGUUUUCCUCUUGUUUGCCGGUGGCAGGGUAGUUGGAAAGCCGGACACCAUGGCGACCAAGGUGCAGCGGAUUAUGACCCAGCCCAUCAACCUUAUUUUCCGUUUUCUUCAGAGUAAGUCCAGGAUUCAGAUAUGGCUCUUCGAGCAGAAAGAUCUGCGCAUCGAGGGUCGUAUCAUUGGGUUCGAUGAGUACAUGAACCUGGUUCUCGAUGAGGCAGAGGAGGUUUCACUCAAGAAGAAGACGCGGAAGCCGUUGGGUCGGAUAUUGCUGAAGGGUGACAACAUCACGCUUAUGAUGAAUACCGGGAAGUGAGAUCCUGGAGGGAGGAUGCGACAUUGUCGUAAACGCUGCAUGUAGCAUGACCAGAAGAGAAUCCAUCGAAAUAUGGUUUGCUGCCGGAGAUCAUGAAAUUACUGAUAGUCAGCCGCAUGUAUCUUGUGGAGCAUGCCUUGAUGUUUUUAUUCUAGCGGUCUCAAGUCUGCUUGUCCUGCAAGGAAUUUUAGUAUGUUGAAGACAAUGAGCAAAUUAGAAGGCUUGAAAGGUUUGAAGGAGCUCAUACUUGUAUGGAUUUUGUAUUUGAAAUAUCUAGGUUUAUUUCCUUCUCCCUCCCUCCA